AUGGCAACGAUCACGGACAAGAAUGCGCAAGAAAGCGCGAGCGACACCCCUCCCAGCUUGGAGAAGGGCACCGCCGACCGUCGCCCCAGCGCGGGAGAUGGCUACGUCCCCGCCAACUUGCGCGAGGAGGAUUUCCGCACCCGCAACGGUCUCAACUUGAAGAGCUUCCAAAGACGUGACUGGGGAACUCGCGACUCCGAACUCGACCGCUCGAUGAAAAAGCGCCAUCUGAACAUGAUCGCCAUUGGCGGUUCCAUUGGUGCCGGUUUCUUCGUAGGCUCCGGUGGUGCGCUCGCCACUGGUGGGCCAGGCUCAAUUCUGCUGUGUUUCUUGAUUGCGGGUGUCAUGAUUUUCAACGUCGUGCACUCUCUGGGCGAAUUGGCUGUCAUGUAUCCGGUUUCUGGUGGUUUCUAUACCUAUGCUGUGCGCUUUAUUGAUCCGUCCUGGGGUUUUGCCAUGGGUUGGAACUAUGUCCUGCAAUGGAUCAUUGUGCUACCGUUCGAACUUGUCGUUGCCACCUUUACCUGCCAGUACUGGAACCGGGAUGUCAGUAUAGCAGUAUGGGUGACGGUCUUCUGGGUUGUCAUCAUCCUGAUCAACAUCUUCGGCACCCUAGGCUAUGCCGAGGAAGAGUUCUGGAGUUCUUGCUUCAAACUGGGCGCUGUCGUUAUCUUCAUGAUUGUUGCCAUCAUCCUCAUUUGUGGUGGUGGCCCAUCUGACGGUCUGUACGACGAGUAUUGGGGUGCACGCCUGUGGUAUGACCCCGGCGCGUUCCAAAACGGCUUCAGAGGAUUCUGUUCCGUCUUCGUCACCGCUGCCUUCUCCUAUGCUGGCACUGAGUUGGUCGGUCUGGCAGCCGCCGAGUCAGAGAACCCCUUGAAAGCACUCCCCUCGGCUGUCAAGCAGGUUUUCUGGCGGAUCACCUUUUUCUACGUCGUCGGCCUCACGCUUGUCUGUAUGCUGGUUUCUUCCACCGACGAGCGCCUGCUUAAUGCGGAGAACGCCUACCGAGAGGGCACGGCGCCUUUCGUCCUGGCAGCUCGCGAUGCCGGUCUGAACGGCUAUGAUGACUUCAUGAACGUGGUUAUCUUGGUCUCGGUCGUAUCUCUGGGCGUCUCCUGCGUGUAUGGAGGCUCGCGCACUCUGACUGCCCUUGCCGAGCAGGGAUAUGCACCCAAGAUUUUCACCUAUAUUGAUCGAUCUGGCAGACCCCUGCCUUCCGUGCUUGUCAACCUGGCAUUUGGCGCGAUUGCAUACGUCCAGCUUGCUGAGGAUGGAUCGACCGUGUUUGGAUGGUUGUUGGCAAUGUCUUCGCUGGCCGCACUCCUGACCUGGGGCUCUAUUUGCUAUUCUCACAUUCGGUUCCGUCAAGCUUGGAAGCGACAGGGUCACACCGUCGACGAAAUCCCCCACCAGGCCAUCUUCGGUGUGUGGGGAGCCUGGGUUGGUCUCAUUCUCUGCAUCGUCAUCUUUGCCGCCCAAUUCUUCGUUGCGGUCGCCCCAGUCGGUGGCGGUGUCAACGGUGCCGAGGGUUUCUUCAACUCGAUGCUCACGGUCCCUGUGGUCCUGUUCUUUUGGGCUGUCGGGUAUCUGUGGAAGCGUCAAGGCUUCCUCAACCUGGAUCAGAUCGAUGUGGAUUCUGGACGUCGUCCAAUUGAUUGGGAAUACGUGCAUGAGCAACGCCGCCUCUACGCCGCCUAUCCCUGGUGGAGGAAGGCUAUCAGCGCCGUGUGGUAG